UCCCCCGGCGUCACUGCUUUUUGCUGAGCUCCUUCCCAAGAUGGCCGGUGUACGAGCCCUUGGUGUUCUGUCUAAAUUAACAUCAAGGAGAUAUGCUGUCAUCACAGGCAGCACUUUUCGUACUUUCUCAGUAGCCCCUGCAAUGCUAACCCGAACCCAUGUCAGUUAUGAGGUCAAGGGGGAUGUUGCCGUUGUUCGGAUCAAUGACCCCAAUUCAAAGGUCAACACCCUGUCAGUACAAAUGCAAAAGGAGAUGACAGAAGUUAUGAAUGAAAUAUGGGCCAAUGAUGCUGUCCAAAGUGCCGUUCUCAUAUCUUCAAAGCCUGGCUGUUUUAUUGCAGGAGCUGAUAUAAAUAUGAUCCAGGCCUGUAACAGUGAAGAAGAAGUUACCAAACUUUCUCAGGAAGGGCAGACAAUGUUUGAGAAGAUUGAGAAAUCUCCAAAGCCAGUUGUUGCUGCCAUCAAUGGCUCUUGCCUAGGAGGAGGUCUAGAGUUUGCCAUUGCAUGCCAGUACAGAAUUGCAACAAAAAGCAAGAAGACAGUCCUUGGUACCCCUGAAGUAAUGCUUGGGCUUUUACCUGGAGCUGGUGGAACACAGAGACUUCCCAAAAUGGUUGGUCUUCCCAGUGCCUUUGAUAUGAUGCUGACAGGAAGAAAUAUCCGAGCUGACAAAGCCAAAAAGAUGGGGCUUGUGCACCAACUGGUAGACCCUCUUGGACCUGGACUGAAGGGUCCAGAGCAGAGAACAAUAGAGUACCUUGAGGAAAUUGCCAUUGAAUGCGCCCGAGGAAUUGCCAAUAAGAAAAUCCCUCUCACCAAAGAGAGAGGCAUGAUGCAGAAACUUCAGGACUACAUCAUGAGCUUUGAGUUGGUGCGGAAUCAAAUUUACAAAACUGUCAAUGGUAAAGUUAUGAAGCAGAGCAAGGGGCUUUAUCCAGCACCACUGAAAAUCAUCGAAAGUGUGAAGGCUGGAGUAGAACAAGGACCUGUGGCUGGAUAUUUAGCUGAAUCUCAGAAUUUUGGUCAGUUGGCAAGAACCUCAGAAUCAAAAGCACUCAUUGGUCUUUACCAUGGUCAAGUUGCCUGCAAGAAGAACCGCUUUGGAACCCCUGCAAAAGAAGUGAAGACACUAGCCAUCUUGGGGGCAGGUCUUAUGGGGGCAGGCAUUGCCCAGGUGACUGUGGACAAGGGUGUGCACACGGUGCUGAAGGACACCACUGUGGCAGGACUGGGCAGGGGAGAACAGCAGGUCUACAAAGGACUCAACGACAAGACCAAGAAAAAGAACAUCACAUCCUUUGAGAGAGACUCAACACUGUCCAAUCUGACUGGUCAGCUGGAUUACAGUGGCUUUGAAAAAGCUGACAUGGUUAUUGAAGCUGUGUUUGAGGACAUCAACAUCAAGCACAAAGUCCUGAAGGAAGUUGAGGCAGUGACUUCCCCACAUUGUAUAUUUGCCAGCAACACAUCUGCUUUGCCCAUUAAGGAAAUUGCUGCAGCCAGCAAGAGACCUGACAAGGUCAUUGGAAUGCAUUAUUUCUCUCCAGUGGACAAGAUGCAGCUCCUUGAAAUUAUAACCACUGAUAAGACCUCAAACGACACUACAGCCUCUGCUGUGGCGCUUGGCCUUAAACAGGGCAAAGUCAUCAUAGUUGUUGGGGACGGACCAGGAUUCUACACCACAAGAUGUUUGGCUCCCAUGUUGGCAGAAGCAGUUAGAGUACUUCAGGAAGGGAUUGACCCCAAGAAGUUAGAUUCCCUCACCACCAGCAUAGGGUUUCCUGUGGGUGCAGCAACAUUGGCUGAUGAGGUUGGCAUUGAUGUCGCCGCCCAUGUGGCCGAGGACCUGGGAAAAGCCUUUGGCUCACGGUUUGGUGGUGGAAAUGUUGAGGUUCUAAAGACCAUGGUGGACUUGGGAUUCAAGGGCCGAAAAUCAGGAAAGGGUUGUUAUAUCUACCAGCCAGGACUCAAGGUCAAAGAGGUCAACCCAGAUAUCGGAGACAUCCUCGAGAAAUAUAAAAUGACACCAAACCCUGCUGUUUCAUCAGAUUCUGACGUACAGUACCGUCUGCUGUCUCGGUUCAUCAACGAGGCCGUGCUGUGCUUGCAGGAGGGCAUCCUGAACAACCCUGUGGAGGGAGACAUUGGAGCUGUGUUUGGACUGGGAUUCCCCCCAUGUCUUGGAGGGCCGUUCCGUUUUCUGGACGCCUUUGGUGCCGACAAACUGGUGGAGAAGAUGAGGAGAUUCGAAGCGGUGUAUGGAAAUCAUUUCACACCUUGCCAACUGCUACUGGAUCACGCAAGUGACUCGAGCAAGAAGUUCCACAAGUGACCCUACCCACCGUGUACCGAUAUACCCUCAUAAGACUCACAGAAUGUGCCUAGCCUUAACGCAGAUCAUAAGAACGGGGCAAACGGAAUGUUUUAAAGAGGAUGCUGUACUAUGAACAGAGAUGGAUGAAGUAAACCAUUUAACUCUGAACACCUCAUGUGCUAAUUAUUUUGUAUAGUGCAGUAUGUAUGAUACAGGAGCAUAUGAUGGCUAAGGGUAUAUUCACAUGUCACUAAUAUGGACAAAAUCUAAAUGCAAGAGUUCUAUGCUGCAAUUAGCAUGUGAUUUUUCACUGUUAAUUAAUGUCUAGUGACUAAUAUGGUGUUGUUUUUUUUACAUUAAUGAUGACAUUGGCCUUUGUUUCAGUGUUUGGGCAGUGAUGUAUUAUAUUUGAACUACAAAUUUAAAUUUUGUUAUUGAAUCCA